AUAUCUAUGCUACCUAGCGUAUUUAGGCAAGCAUAGAAAUAUGCGCGAACCGGUCACUGUCAUUUUCACAUUUAGACAAAGCAGAGGUAGCGAGACUUCUCCUUGCAAAUGGUGCCAACGUAAAUGCAGAAGAUAAGGAAAAAUGGAUUCCAAUCCAUGUAACGGCAAAACAUGGAAGUGUAAAUGUGGCAAAAAUUCUGAUUCAAAAUGGCGCAAAUGUGAAUGCUAAAGAUUCUUUACCCAAUAAAAGAACGCCUUUAUUCGAAACGGCAUGUUACGGUCAGGUAGAAGUUGCUAAAGUUUUGAUCGCAAAUGGAGCCGAUGUAAACGCUAGAGAUAUUGGUAAUUGGUUACCACUUUUUCUGGCCAUACAAUGCCACCAUGCAUUACCCGACAGCAGAGCUCUUGGGGAAUUGGCCAGACUCUUUCUUCAAAACGGAUCAGAUGUGCAUGUCGUAGAUAAUCAUUGGAAGCGUACGCCGCUGUUUCAUUCUGCUUUGUUUGCAUACUUUCAGGUCAACUUUCCGUGGUUAGAGCUUUGAUUGAAUACGGAGCUGACGUGAAUGUCGAGGAUAAUGAUAAAUCGACUCCGCUCUUUUUCGCAUGCCAAAACCCUGACCCACAAAAGAGUAAAGUGAUAGCUGAACUUUUAAUUGCCGUCGGUGCCAAUGUAAACGCCAAAAGUAAUUCUGGGAGUUCACCACUUUUAGAAGCAGCAUCUCGUGGUCAUGUAGAUGUGGUAAAAAUUUUGAUCGAUCAUAGGGCUGAUGUAAAUGAAGUAGAUAACGUUCGGGGAAAUUAUGCAAUUCACUUGGCAAGUGAGAAAGGCAAUAUAAAAAUUAUAGAGAUGCUACUUGAUAAUGGAGCUCAUAAAAAUGUUAGAAAUAAGGAUGGCGAAACGGCUGCAGACAUAGCAAAAAGAUUAGGCAACAAAGCGGUUCAAGAACUGUUUCGACAAGACAUUGGUCGAGCCGUGCAAAGAGCCUGCCAGUCGUAUUCGGCGGAUCGAAUUCUGAAUGGAGAAGUAGCUGCAGAUGACGAACUACCAUGGAUGGCUGCGUUGGGAUAUUUUAUUAAUGAACGAUCCUUUCAAAUCGUCUUUUCUUGUGGUGGUACUAUUAUUUCGAACAACUUUAUUAUGACCGCUGCCCAUUGUGUCAAAAAUCAACGACCGGUGGUAGUUCGAAUGGGAAAAAUAUCAUUGGUCGAUAGCGAUGACGACGAUACUAGCACAGCCAUCCAUCGUAGUAUAAAGAAUAUCAUGAUACAUCCAGGCCAUUCCACCUUAACGAAACAAAAUGAUAUUGCUUUAAUCGAAAUUAAGAAGCUGAUCCCAUUUUCACAGUACAUAAGGCCAGCCUGUUUACAAAUAAAUUUACGUGACGAGCCAUUGAACGUAAAACUAAUUGUAUCCGGGUGGGGAAUUACCUCGCCUGAACAGAAUAUAAGAUCAACAGUUUUACGGAAAACGGAACUGGUGUCGAUGCCACUGGCACAAUGUAAUUCAAGUUAUCUUAAUUGGAAUCGUCCGAUAAAUGAUGCAGCUUUUCGAAAUGGCCUGAUCGGAGGUCAAUAUUGUGCGUAUGAUCCAGCUGGCAGGAAUGAUAGUUGUCAAGGCGACAGUGGGGGACCUUUGCAAUAUUUCGCCAACAAUGGAACAUCGGUGGCAACUGUUGUUGGCAUUGUAUCGUUCGGUGUUAGCUGUGGAUUGACUCUACCAAGCAUUUAUACGAGAGUCGCUUAUUAUUUGGAUUGGCUCGAACCAAUCGUAUGGCCAAAUUAUUGAAUCAGCAGUUAUUAACCGUAUAAACGAAAAACUAUGUGCCAAAUUGAAGCGAAAUACUGCAAUAAAUAAAAUAAAACACAUACGA